AUGGCCGACGUGGAAAUGGAAGUCGACAACCCCCCCUCCCCCUCCGCCGCGGCCGGCGAGGCGGCCCCGGCCCGCAACGAGUCCGAGAUGCAGACCCACGGCCGCGCGACCGCCGUCCGCUCCAUCGAGGGCUGGAUCAUCAUGGUGACCAACGUCCACGAGGAGGCCGACGAGGAGGCCAUCCACGACAUGUUUGGCGAGUUCGGCGAGAUCAAGAACCUGCACCUCAAUCUCGACCGGAGGAGCGGUUACGUCAAGGGCUACGCUCUCAUCGAGUACGCCACCCUCGCCGAGGCCCGCGCCGCCAUCGACUCGGCCCACGAGACCAAGCUCCUCGACCAGACCGUCUACGUCGACUUCGCCUUCGUGCGCCCCCCGCCGGGGAGCAAGGGCGGCAACAACCGCGGCGCCCGACCCCAGAACCGCGGCCGCGGCCGGAGCCGCAGCCGCAGCGCCGACAGGGAGGCCGUCGCCGCCGCCAAGGACGGAGGAAACAUCGAAUGA